GACCGCCUUCAACACGCAUCGCGUUGCUGACAGUGGUGAUAUACGAAAGUAACCAUCCAUCGCAUUGCAUCGCAGGCUGCACGAGUUGCGCAGGAGUACAUAAGACGACGACAGUAUCAAAGGCUACUACAACGACAACCUCCCUGUGGCUACUUGACAGUUGGUCCCAGCCAGCCACAAAUUAACCGUUUCGCUCUGAUGUGUCUGCUUGCGGAUGAGGACCCUGAAUCUCAUCUUCUCCCCCAUCUUACGACCGUGCAUCGGGCGGCCGCUCCAUUGCUGUCUGUCUGGCAUCAGAAAGAUAUCUCAGAUUCUGACUAGGGACCUUGCCGCAUGGCUUCGUCUGUCUGAGUCGUGCCGCUCAAGACAUGUGUUUCAAGGGUUGAACAGAACAGUCCGCGACCACUCCCGUCGAUGGAUAGGCGCGAAUUCCGCAGUGAACGGCUUUUCCGCAGUCUCCAUUUGCUUACGUAGCCGACAUUCGCUAUUCCCACAGCCAAUCCCAAGCUUACCAUGCAGCGGCUAUUCCCGUUCAGUCAGAGCAACCUCCCACCUCCUGACCCCUGCUUGAGGGUUGAGGGCUUGAGGGCUGGAUGGAGGGCUUGUGUUGCAGGUGGAGAAGACCCUGGGCAUCAAACAGCAGAGAUCCGCCUUGGCGUUGACCACACAUUUUGGAGGUAAGCCACAUCUCACUGUCUUGAUGCUCUCCCCUGGGCCCUCGCACUAUCAAUUCCGUUUCGUGGCAUUCAGGGUUGUCAUUCAAUUAAUACAACAUACAUAAACUGAGGUUCUAGGCCGCCUGAGACCACAGCUUCCGUUCUCAACGGUACGAGUGGCGCCAUCUCGAAUGCCGGCAGUCAUGUAAGAAAGGAGAAUAUUAACCUUUGAUGAGAGAGAGCACGGGGCCAAACCCGAGAUUCUGGGCUUGGUUCGUCACAACGUCUAUGCACCGACCGAAUAGCGAGGAGACCAACCACUACCCCGAGCUCGCCUUGUUGUGCUGCAUACCUAGGUAGGUAUGUACUAAUUGAUGCAUUGACAAACCAUUUCCAAUCAGAAAGGUUUCUAAUCUUGAAGCAAUGGCAGCAUUUGGUUCUCAAUGGCUUCUACCAAGCAAUGUAUGCUUUGCAAGACACAGCCUUGACCACGGUUCAUCAUCAUAUGGACAUCCACCUCCACUGGAUGGUAGCCCAGGAUCAACCUGCUAUGCCUAGGUAGCGACGGGAAGCCCCGCUUAACGCUACAGGAGGGUGUGGCUGAUGAGAUGGUUGAUAACGCUAAUAAUAAUAAAAGGUCGCAGCACUAAAAGCCGAGCUCCUCCAAUCUCUGGGAUCAGGCUGGCGCGUAGGGCUGAGCACAGGCAACCCAACAAGAUCAAAGUCAAGUGUCCACGGUACGUACCUCGUGUGAUCUGCGUCAGAGAUGGAACGGAAUUCUCCUUGCAGUUGAUGUCAAACCUUCACUGAGUGAUUCACCCCCUGUAACCUCAAGGCUCAGACCGACGGCCAGACCAAGCGUCUCAUGGCCUGUCAUUGGAUUCGAUGCUCUCUAACCCACCCUUUGACCAUCCAAUGGAUGCCCAGAUUGGUAACGAGCGCGAAUGCAUCUGCAAGUUAUCUCUGAAUGGUUCUGUCUGUCUGUGCUGUGUCUCUCAAAACCAUGGAUAUUGGACAUACACUGUAGCAUCACCGUCAUCACCGCUACAAUGGCUGGGAUCCAAUGGCGAUGCCGCAUGUUACCACCCACCUUAAUAUUGGCGAAGGUUUGAGAGUUGGCUUUUCAUCAAUCAUGUGUCAUCGUUGGCGAGGCUCUACUACUGAUCAUUGGAUACACGAUGGUUUUCUGACCCAUGUCGGACAGUCUACUCGACACAGUCGAUGUGCAUUCCUCAGCUGAAGCAGAAACGGGUAUUCUUCCUAAAACACAGAUGCCGUGUCAGAUGAAGCGAGUGGAAGCAAUGCAUGCGUCUUCUCAGGGUGCUGCUGCUCGAAUGAAAUGCGAAGCAGUGCUUGGAAAGUCAAGAAGAAAAAGCAAAACAUGAUGAUAAACCAUCAUGAAUGGCGAGACCUACAAUACGUUUGUACAUGCUCCACGGAUCAAAGACUUCGGCACCCGCGCUGUCGCUGUUUGGUUCAAAUUGCACUGCAGUGGUGUCCACAUGGGCACCCGGCUCACAUUCCAGCGGUCGGCCGCCCCAAGCAAGCAGGCAAGCUGUCUCUGUGAGACUCUGAGUUUCUGACCGUUGACCCUGUCUCUUGAAGAGUCUCUGAUUGGUUGUCACAGCCCCUGUCAAAUCGAUAGAGUUGCCAAGCUCUCUCGGCUUCACCGAUGCGCGAUGCGAAUAAACCGCCCAAUCUGACUCUCCCGCCGCCUCCAUUUCCGUGCGCCGCCCCCGGGGGGGAAAAAUAAACGACCACUAAUGCACCAAAAUUCGCUGGCGUUCCACCCAUAGAGGGGUCGUUUUUUAUUUUCCCCCCUAGGCCGCCUACUGUAUGUAUGUAUAAACGCUCCGCUGUGUCCUCUUUUGGGGACUGGGUUCGUCACGGGGUCCUCCAUUCGGAAUUGAGGGCCAAGUCUCUGCACCUGAUUGCUUGCAUCAUGGCCAAACAUGACCCUGGCCUGGCUCAGUCAGAGAACGGCCCCCACUGGACAAGCGAGACAGACACCACCAAGGCUCUCAAGUUCACCAUCCUUCGGAGCAUUGAUCUUUGUCUGUUACUUUCUUUGGUAACUCGGAGUUUUUGCUUGGAAGCCCACCUAUCCCGCUACAGAAUGUGUGAUUGAUCUUUGGGUGAAUCAACAUGUGCUUACACGAGUGACCGAGUUCGAAUUCAGAUCACCAUUCUCCCGCGCAGCACCCUUCCCUCGCCAAUUCUGGCAAUUUUAUAGCAUCAUCGAUAUGUCGUAUUGCUCGCGUUCUUGAACCGAGCCUUGGCGUCGCUUCAAUCCUGGCUCCUGUCUUCUAAUUCAUACCUCUAAGUAGCCUUGCUCAGCUACCUUGUCCCUCAGUAUGCCCAUAUUUACGAAGUACUGUAUUAGGACUCGCACCAACCAUCCGCAAGGAACAGCAAUGUCGUCAAAGAAAUGUCUGAGCAAUUGGGUCCUAUCGAGGCAUUGACACUAAUCAAGGCUUGUCGUCGGGAACAUCCAGCAGUCCGUCCGAGAGCUGUCAAACUGGACAAGAUAGCCAUAGCUUUUGGGCCAACAAGGCUGCCGUUAUGCCGUGUAUUGUCUCACAUACUGGACGCCAGAAAUCAAGGAUAGGCUUUGUCGAUCACCCACAAUCACCGUAUUAUUAUACUGGAUCGUCCUGGCGUCUAAUGGGCCUCGCUCCACGGUAUCACAUACAUAUCCACUUCACUGUCGGACCGUAUCAUAUCAUGAAAGAGAUCAUAGACCUUCAGUAUUCGAUGGACGAUCUUCAGGGUCACCAGUAGGUACCACCGUAAUGCUUGCGCGUUUAGUUGCUGUCGAAACCGGUUGGCUAUCAUUGUCUCCUGGCGCUCCAAUCUCAUCCUGCAUCUCAUCUCCCAACACAAUCCCCUCCUUGGGGUUGUAUAGGCAAUGGGAUAACCCCACCGAGCUCCAUUGCCCGUCACUCGGCGAGGGAAUCGUUUUCCAGCGCAGAAAGGCGUCCUCAAGACACUGACAACGCAAACAAACUCCACCGUCCUGCAUGGCCCGUGUGGAUGCCUACCAGCAGUGUCCGUUGCGUGAAACACUCAGAGAUACCGGUAGAGGUUGAAGCGCUUGAACUUGUUCUCCUUCGCCGGUAAACUAGCAGUGGUCUAGGCAUUGAUCUCUCCAAGGAACAGCCUUGUAAAAGCGAGGACGCGGAGGCGGUUUGGUUCCAAACUUCCAACUGUGGUAGUGGUAGCCUUACGCGAGCGCCACCAGUCUAACACACAGACUAACGACCGGUAAAUAACGCGAUCACGGCGGCCUAGAACAAGGAGAAAAAUGAAAGAAACAACGGCAGUUUUUUUUUUUUUUUUUUUUUUAUUACAUGCAUCAAGGUACACAGGCAUGUACCUACUGACGUUGAAACGCCGCUGUCGCUCGAUAUUGAGGGCAUAUCGCGACCCAGAUUCGUUAAAGACACUGCUUCUCUGGGAUGGUGGUCAUAAUAUCAGAAUAUUGAAAUUGAGUUAAUUGAUGCAGGGACGGCACUUGGUGCCAGCAGCCUGGACGCCAUUCAGCCACAUCCAGACUAUCGGACUGAGUUGUUGAAGCUAAAAGUGCUCAUGAUGGGGCCACUUGUGAAUCAAUGACCCGGCUAUUUGGUUACUGGAAGAUGUACGAAGCUACAGUACGAGGCCAUGAACUCUCCAUCAUUUUGUUGUUGCACAACGUAUCAUGUUGAAAUCGGUGGUGUUAGGUUCAUGUUGUUGAUUCAAGUUCAGUUGUCGUCAAAGCACAAUUAAUAAGACGCACAUCUUAUAGGCGCCACGAGACAUACAGCUUGAUCCUGGGAUAUAGCAGAGACCUGUUAAGGUGCUGGAUCCCAGUGCGCGGGGCAUUGGCUGAGAUGUUGAGAACCCAAUCUCAAUGUGACGUGCAGACUAUUUUGGCGAGAACAGAUCCCGUCUGAGAUGGCGAGUGUAGCGCGGGAAGACGACAAUCCAGAUGCUGGGAAGUUCCCUGCGGUCUCUGAGCAUUGACUACAGUAGUAGCUAGGUUCGCACAUCAUAUAGUCAACGAGGCGUGUGGAUCGAUCAAAGUCAAUAUUCCCGUGGUUUCACAUCGUCACAUCGAUAAAAUGCAGAAGUGAGUGACCCGACACAAUGGAUUGAUGCGCGCCUUGCCGCUUGUGAGCCGCCCCCCUGUCAAUAUUGGACAGGACCAGGCUUGAUAUGCCCUCGUCCUCGCCCUCGCCCCUCGAGGAUCUUGGGUCACGUAUGGGAGUCAUGAUUGAAACUGGCAGGGGGGAGGGAAGCAAGAACGAGAGAGAGAGAGAGAGAGGCUCGUUAAUAAACCCUGCUCGUCUUGCCCUUGAACCUGGCCCUGUCGUCGAGAGUCCCGACGCCGACGCUUUUCGGGAGUGCUCAGAAGGCAAUACAAUACAUCUGCAAUGUAUUCCUGCAUACGUAGUCCGAUAUAAUUCAUCAUGAUGUUACUCUGAUCCUGG